ACAAGCUCUUAAUGAAAUUCCUCUGGAAAAUCAAUCAACUAGACAUCUGCCUCUGCAUGUUAUGUAUUUUCACUGUAGCUGGUACCAAAUGGCAUACUUCCUUCCAGUGAAAAAAUAUUUGUUAUUUAUCUGUGGACCUGUAAAAAAGACAUCACCCAUCUUUAUAUUUGAUCAUUUCAAUCUUAACUUGAAAAAUACCAUGUGAGCCCUUAACUCUGUAUUAUAUUUGUGUUCUUCAAUCAAAAUCAGACAUAAAAAUUGAAAACCACCAAAUCAAAUCUCUGCCCACAUCCCUGCAGGCAUCAGACAAACGGCAAAAUGGCGCCAUGUUCUGGCACACAGAUCCACCUGUCAGGACGGGCUGAUUGUCAUACAAUUGAAAGGAUGGGUGGAGUCUGUUAGUGCUAGUGGUUCUACCUGUUCCACCUGCUCUCCUCCCCCCACAGCUCUCCCUCAGGUGUCAGCUGAUGAGGGAUCGGCAGGCCAGAGACUCUUACUUGCCUGUCCUUCUGUCCUCAGUGAAUAUCUACCCCUAUCCUCAGAAAAAGGAGGACGCGGGUGGGUGCAGCUGAACCUGUUCUCUUCUCCACCUUCACUCUCUCCCUCCACACUGGAGAGAAGUGAGACUGUUUGUUUUCUUUCCGUCUGUUUUUUCAACUCUUCUUUGUUAGGAACAAAUAUUUCUAAGUGGCUUCGGGAUAUUAACCAAGUAAAACAGGAAACUUCACCACUUAAUGCAGCAUGGGGUCUGAUGAGUCGUACAAUUUUGUCUUCAAAGUUGUUUUGAUAGGGGAGUCUGGCGUUGGAAAGAGUAACCUUCUGUCACGCUUCACCAAGAAUGAGUUCAACCACGACACCCGCACCACCAUUGGCGUCGAGUUCAGCACGCGGACUGUUCAGCUGGACAACUACACCAUCAAAGCCCAAAUCUGGGACACGGCUGGGCUAGAGCGCUACAGGGCUAUCACUUCAGCGUAUUACAGAGGAGCAGUAGGAGCGCUGUUGGUCUACGACAUCAGCAAGCACCUGACCUAUGAGAGUGUGGAUCGAUGGUUGAAAGAGCUCUUUGACAACACUGACCAGCACAUCGUGGUCAUGCUGGUGGGAAACAAGAGAGACCUCGAGUCCCUCAGGACUGUGCCCACAGAGGAGGCCAAGGACUUUGCAGAGAAGAGAGGUCUCAUGUUCAUGGAGACAUCAGCGUUGGACUCCACCAAUGUGGAACUUGCAUUCAGUGAAAUCCUCACAGCGAUCCAUAUGAAGGUGAUCAGCAGACAGGUGACCCGUGGCUCCAUCAGUGCUGUAACCCUGUCCGACCCCAUUGGACCCAGCCGAGAGGCACAUGAGGGGAACAAGGGCUGCUGCAAGAGCUCCUAAGAGACUGCUGCCCUGUAAAGAUCUGCUCUGCCCAUGUUGAACCAGCAUCAAGUUUGACUGCUCAUGCAUGACAUCAUUCACACCCAGUUUGAAGAGUGAGGUACCUGCAUGACACAUGAGCAGUCAAUGUACGAUCGUCUUUAACAGCUGUACAGUAUAUAACCUAAAAACAGCAGAUUAAUUAAUGCAAAUAUUGAGAAAAUCCAUCAUUUAUGCACUAUUGUUUUUUUGGUGGCUAAUGGGAGAGUUUGACUACACAGAGGUGUGCAAUUAAUCUUAUCUUCAUGUUUUUAAAGAGGCACUGUAAAGUUUUAUUGCUUUCCUGAAGGAAUGCACUGGGAUUCACUUGGAAUAAAUUAUUUAUGUUA